GGCGGGAGCGGCGGCUGGGCCACGCUCCGGCUGCAGUUGCGGCGCGCGGGAGAUCAUGUCACGGGGCAGCAGUUGCAGCCAGACCCCAAGCCGGGCCAUCCCCGCCACUCGCCGGGUGGUCCUCGGCGACGGCGUGCAGCUGCCGCCUGGGGACUACAGCACCACCCCCGGCGGCACGCUCUUCAGCACCACCCCGGGAGGUACCAGGAUCAUCUACGACCGGAAGUUCCUGAUGGAGUGUCGGAAUUCACCUGUGACCAAAACACCCCCAAGGGACCUGCCCACCAUUCCUGGGGUCACCAGCCCUGCCAGUGAUGAGCCCCCGACAGAAGCCAGCCAGAACCACCUGCGCAACAGCCCAGAAGAUAAGCCAGCGGGCGGUGAAGAGUCACAGUUUGAGAUGGACAUUUAGAGGACCAGCCAUCGGUUUGAGCAAUGCCUCUGGGCCACUCUGGCCCUUCUCGGGAGAAGAGUCACACCAGCCAAGCCUUGUGAAAUCUAUCAUCCUGGGCAGGCACUGGGUGUGGGGUCAGCCACCCCAGCUCUCUGCUCCCUCACUCAGGGCACCUGCUCCCCCUUCCUCUUCGUGAACACCAGCAGAUACCUCCAUGUGCCUCCAUUCAUGCAGAAGCUGCCACCCCAAGGGGAGUGACUCUCAGGAGCACACCCUGCAGCCCAGGGCCAGGACGGGGACACGGAGGAGCCCUUCUGAAUGAUCAUCUGGCUCUUCCAGCACCAUCCUCUGGGGGCGCAACCACCCCUUCCUUAGGUUGAUGUGCAUAGGAAAGCUCCCUCCCCCUCCUUCCCCAAGAGAGGAAAUAAAAGCCACCUUCGCCCUAGGGCCAAGAGUUGGCCCCUGUCUGA